UCACCCCCCUCAUGCGAAGCUGCACAGUAGUUACAGCGGCGACCUGAGUUCAUUAAAAGAGACAGUUUUCUUUUGUGAGGCAUUGAAGCAGGGUAUGGUAUAUGACAGCAUGAAAAGGGUAAGUUUUGUAUACUAAUGGUAAUGUUGCUUCUUAGAGUAAUAUUUAUCAUGUGUUUUGCUGCAACAGUCUUCGUAAUUCAUCCAUACUUCCUUCCUUACAGCAAUCGUGCCAUCAAGUCAAUAACUUCAUAUUUUAGAUACAAUAAUUGUAGAGCACAGGCACAGAUAAACGUUUUGAAGUUUUUUCGCAUUUUGAUAUUUCCGCAGUUGUUAGGUUCUUAGAGGUUUGCCCGAUUUAUGCAGGACCUUCCUGCGACAUCGCCGGUCUCCUGCCCCCUAUCCCUGGGAUAUUUUUUGGCGAGAUUUUGGCAGCCAUGAAACAAAUCAAGAAACUUAUUUCUCAUCAAAUAAUCCAGCCCAUCAAACCCAAAUCCUUAAGUUCUCACUAGAGAUACGCACUGAAAAAUUCGAUUGAGGCACAGGUAGAUUAACCCACACCCCCUUCCCCUUCCCCCUUCCCCCCCCCCCCUACCCCCAUCUUAAAUUAAAUGAUCAUUGACGUAGUGAGUCGAGAUAUAUUACAUUUUUAUCAAGGAUUUUUAACUUUUUCUCCUUAUUAAGAAGGAUUUUUUGCUGGUAUUUAUAGAGUUGUGUUACCACGUGGAAUUUUCUCUUCCCUUCCCUACCCACAUUGGGUGCAAGACUUGUUUUACCAUCCAAAAGGUGUUAAAGUAGAUAUUUUUGAUUACUGGCAGUGUGUAUACCCAAAUAAUCUCCACAAGACUUAUUGACUUUUAAGGGUUCCAGAAAGGGGGCCAAGUGAAUUGUAACACCUCAGUAUGACCCCUUGCACGACAUUUUUAUGAUAGUAUUUUUAUUUAAGAUAUUUUAUUAAAGGCCUACAGUGGAGAAGGGUCAGUGAGUGUGUGUGUAGGGGGGGGGUUAUUGUCACAGGCACAAUUUCUGUUUCUAUAAGUGUGAACAUACCCAUCUUAUCUUAUCCAUUACAACUGUCUUUAUCUACUGGUAAUUUAAUACUCCCUUUCUGCUGCACCAUCCUUCCAACAACUUACCUGAUCCUCAUAAGGAUGAUGCACUUUUUUUUAUUGUGGAACUGUAUUCAGUGUUUAGAGUGUUAUUAAAUAGAUGUAUUUUGCUCUAACUUGUAGAUUAAAGGGUUGAUAGCAGCAACACUCACACCAUUUGAUGAUGGUGGGUAAGUAUUUUGUACUCUUUUGUUUCAUGGACAGAAUCAACAAAGACAAUUCUUAGUGAUGGGUCUUCAGCUGAAAGCAUCACUACCCUCAUGGUCUAGAGAUCAAGUUUGUGGUCGGUAUCGUGUCUGAUAUAUGCUAUGCUAUUGCUGAAUAUUGAGGAACUGAUGACAACAUGAAGGCUCUCCCAGUCAGGCUGCCUUUCAAUGUGCAUGCAUGUUAGACAACCACUGGCCCAAUACCUCACAGUUAUGUUAGUUUUGGUUCUUCCAAUUUGAUAUGCUUACUUUUCUUCCAUUUCUAUUUUGAUUGAAUUAUUUUGAUUAUUUAUUUAUUUAACCUAUUUAUCCAUUUUAUUUAAUUGGAUUCAGGGAGCUGAAUUUAAGUGUGAUAGAGGCAUAUGCACAGCACUUACAAAAUGAGAAUGUAAAAGGUUUAUUUGGUAUGUAUUAGUUUUAAUAAGAAAACCCAGUAUCAUGAGCAAUUACCGUAAGCCAGGAUAACGCAGGGAUAAUCUGAUAAAUUGAACAUGCAUUGAUUGCAUCUUUGCCUCUCUGCAAUCUUGAUGUCACAGUUAAAAUUGUUAAGUUGUUGUUUUAAUUCCUGGAACAAAACUAUUUUUUCAAAUUUCCUCUGUGCUGAUCUGAAGUUGUGUGACCAUGCAGGACAAUGUAUACAUUUCGAUUGGUGAAGCAGUAUAAAUAUGUUUAUCUCAGUUAUUAUAAAUGAGUACUGAAAAAUUGUUAGGAAAGCCUGAUGAAAUUCCUGAGAUGCUUCAUGCUACAGAAAGCAGGUUAAGCUCCACCUGGAUGGGCCAGUUGGCCUGAGUGCAAACUUAAACCUUUUUGUCCUUGCUCAAACUAUCAUCAUCACUGCAUAUUUUUUAGGAUAAAAAUUCUAGACUCUACACACUGCUAGGUUGAAUGAGCCUCCCCUUUCAAUAUCCACAUCUAGUUCCUCUCAGUCUGAGCCCCAUUUGGUCUCUUGACUUUUCCGUUUCAGUUUGAGUCAUUCUUGCCUAUGAAUGAAGCAAGACCUUAACCCUUUAACUGCCAAAUCAAAUUUGCAAUUCACCUUAGUGUCAACCAUAAAAUUGUGAUAAUGUUAGUUCAGAGAAUUUGGUGUUGGAUCAACUAAUUAUCCACAAAUUGAUACUUUUCUUUAUUCUCAACACUUAAUGUCUGGUUGAUAUUGUAUUGAUAUAGUAAGGAGAAAUUCUGUCUUGGUCAUUCAUGGGAGUCAGGGGUUAAAUCUGAAAUGUUUGAACCAUAUCAUCAACACAUCCUCUCACAGGGUAAGCAGUGUAAGAUGACUGUUUUGCUUGGGUGAUCUAUGGGGUGGGUUUGAGACAGCCCUCUUGUGUUUAAACUACAUCUCUUGUGAACGGGGUAUGGUAAUGAUUUGCACUUAUAAUUUAAUAAAUCAUUUUCAUUGAUCCAAGUCUAAUUUCACCAUUUGUUUGUGCAAACAUGCAUUUAUUUAGUGAUAUUGUUAAUUGUCAAACUGUCUGUUUUGUUGUCUUAAAGUUGCUGGGACAACUGGGGAAAGCACUUUAUUGACAGUGGAGGAGAGGAAGGGACUUGCUGAGAAGUGGAUUGAAGUAGGAAAAGACAGGUGAAUCAGUGAUGUUUUAAUAGAGAAUUAAAUACAUUUCAAUGCUGCUUAGAAUUAAAAAAACCAUCAAUGCACACUCCGUGUAGUAUAGUCACUUGCUGUUUCCUUCACCCACCUUUUUUAUAACUAAUCAAAAAAUAUCAACAAUUAUAACAGCUUGGAAAAUGAGCUCCACUCUUAUAGAUAUGCUGAACUGUCUAAAAGGUUCCAUAUGAUUACAUACCAUUCUAUCUAUAAAUCAGUAUAAGCAUGACAAGGGACAUUUUAGCAUUGUUUUCCAGGCUGUCAGUGGUUCGUGGGCACUUCAAAACAUUUCUCUUCCCUUGCAACCCUCCCUCUUGCCAACCCUGACUGAAGAGAUCAUCUAAAAUUUGAUCUGUAGCAUGUGCUGCAUCUCUGCAUAAAUAAUAUAACUGAGUUUCAAUUUGUCAAUGAACAGAGGCAAUUCCUUCUUUCCAGAUUUGAACACAUAAUAAUACAUGUUGGAACCUCAAACUUAAAAGACUCACAAGAGCUGGUAGGCCGCAUUUGUUGCUUGGGACAUGUUAGGUUUACUCAUAAAGACUUAGAAUUGAUUUUUGUAGAUCUCUUUUAGGCGAGACAUUCUGAAAACAACAGAGCGACAGCAAUCGCUCUGAUGGCCACGAGUUUCUUCACUCCCAAGUCUGUAGGUGCGUGUCUUAAUUUUACCUGAAAUAUUUCGCUUCACUAUCAAUAUUUUCCAAAUCUAUAGCUUCCAUAAUUUAUUUAAAGAAGUGUGGUGUUCCUUGUUACAAUUUCUCUGCAAGCCAAGUUUAAAUCAGUUUAUCUAGAUCUCUUCAACGCAAGGCGCGAAAAUGGAGAAAAAGCUCAGCACGGGAAAAAUACGUUUUGGAUUGAACUCUUGAUCGGCUUAAAAGUGGUACUUACCUCAUUUCUGUCUUUGUCUUUGAAUUAUGGAUGAGAAUUUGCAGGGAGCUUAAAAUGAACUAAAUGCCUGCUCACCAGCCUAAAAAAGUCACAAGAUUUUUUUAGGGAACAAACAAAGAGGGGAGAAUAAAUCCUUGUGUUUUAAUUAUUGUGCAACAUGAACAUGUUAUUUCAUGUACGAAGGUUCAUUGUGUUAGCUUGUGCUGCCUGUAAUUAUGUGAACGCGAGUGGUAGGUGACGUGAGUGCCCCUGGAGUGUACCAACAAUAAGUGAAGCGAGCAAGGGCCACGCCCUUGGCACGUGAACUACAAUACUUUUGGUUUUUUGCGUCUUUUGAACGGUGAUUUAGGAACAGAACGGUUGCUCUGAAUUUUAAAGCCAGUGAUGACAAAUACAGCAGAGUAAGUUAAUAUAAUUCUGCAAUAUUCUGUUCUUUUUUCAGAUGAUCUAGUAGAGUAUGUUCGUCUUGUAGCAGAUUGUGCACCAAAUACACCACUAUUUUAUUAUCAUAUACCAGCUUGGACUCAUAUUCCAUGUAUGUAUUAGAGAUAACAUGAAAGCGAACGACGAGACGAACGAGCGACGAAACGAACGAACGAACGAACGACGAAACGAACGAACGACGAGACGAAUGAACGACGAAACGAACGAACGAACGAACGAACGAACGACGAAACGAACGAACGAACGAACGAACGAACGAACGAACGAACGAACGUCACCCACCAGUAAUCAAACGUCUAAACUGAAUUCAUUUCGUUGUCAUAGUUCUGAUGGAAGAUUUUCUAAAAGCUGCCAUUCCCAAGAUUCCGACCUUAGCGGGUGUGAAGUUCACAAGUGGUGAUAUGUUUGACCUGGGCCGCUGUCUUAUCCUCGAAGAUCAAAGAUUUUCGAUUAUGUUUGGCGGUGAUGAGGUGAUUUAACUGUUCACCUGUUCAAAGAGAAAGUGUCUUUUAACCCUUUACUCCCUAAAAUCAAUAUACAGAUUCUGUUUACAUUUCCUUUGUUACUGAGAAGGAGAAUCUGGAGCGUCCAAAAUUCACGAUCAUUUCCUUUACAUUCGACUAACCCUUUAAUUCCCAUGAGUGACCAAGACAGAAUUUCUCCUGACAAUAUAAAUACAAUGUCAAGCAGACAAGUAAUGAGAAUAAAGAAAAAUAUCAAUUAUAGGAUCAUAAGUUUGAUCCAAUACCAAAUUCUCCAAACUAACAUCACAAGAACUGUAUGGCAGACAGUAUGGAGAAUUACUAGUGAGAUCUUGGGAGUUAAAGGGUUAAAGGCAGAUUUAGAAGCCAGUCACAGUUAGGAGUUGAAGGGUAAAGCUCCUGGACUAAGUUAUGGUCAUGUUUGAUUUUUUAUUUCUAGAUUCUUAUAAGUGCCUUAGCCAUGGGAGCUUGUGCUUCAGUUGGAGGGUAAGGAAUCGUUUAUAAAAUCUCUUUCCUUCGUUAAUCUUUCGCGUAAUAGGUAUUUGGUUCAAAAUGAAGGACAAUUUUUUCUCUCAGAUAUGGUUUGAUGCUACUCUAAUUUAAAGAUUUAAUGAAUGCAACCGAGCAGUUACAAUUCAUUGAGUCUAUGAAUUGUAACUUCUCGGUUACAUUCAUGAAAUCUUUAAACCAGAGUAACAUUAAGCCAUGUCUGAUUGUCCACCUGGUUGCCAUGUGAACUUAACUAUAAAUUAUUUGUCUUUCAAGAAAGUGGUCUGCAGGUUAAUUGCGAGCAAUCCAGAGUAAACCUAACUGCAAGGAAAUCAGGAACUAGAGUAUAACUAACCGCAAACUAACAAGGCACUACCGAAGGAAAAAUGGAGUGCAACGGAAAUUACUCCUGGAGGAGACAUUUUUCUGGGCUACGACUAAAAAAAAUACAAUUCUGGGAGACUCAUGAAAAUCUUGAGGAAUCUGGUGUACAAAUUUGUUCACAAACGUUGUGUAAUUUCUUAUGUUGCAUUAGAACGUAUAACUUUGCUGGCAAGCUCCACUGUCGGAUCAUGGAUGCUUUUGACAAAGGCGAUAUGGAAACAGCGAGAUCGGAGCAGGUCGGUUCUCUUCAUAUCGUUCCCGUAUUUCCAUGUAGAUUUCGAGACUCGACAACAACUUUCCGACCUUGGUGAGCCAGCGUUUAAUCCAAAAACCCUUAAAUCUGAUAAGUAAUACCCUCAGCUGCUUGCUCGACAAAGAGGGUAAGUUUCUAAAGAGACUGUGGGGCUGCGUCGGCGGGAUAGUAUAACAGGGUAAUUUGGUAUUAUCAAUUGAGUUUAUAACGUAAUUGGCCACCGUUAAAAGUUUUAAAGCUGACGUUUAGAGCGUCAGCCCUUUGUCAGAUCGAAUUCGUUACUUGCUUGCCUGAUAGAUGGCUUGUUGAUAGGUUGUCGUAAGAGUAAGCUAUCUCAACAGCCAAUCACAGCAAAGAAUAAUAUUUCAAGGAGCCAAUGAGAACUCGAACUUAAAUCAAGGGCGUUUUCGCUCGCGUUUUCCCGCGCUUUUUGCAGUUUACCAAGUCGCAGUUGAUUUUAGUCUAGCACUGAUCUGAUUAGUUGGGAGAGCAGUGGGAGCUCAGUGCGAAGUAAAGUAAAACUAAUACAAUCCCGGCAAUGUUCGAAUCGCAAUUGAAAAUUACUCCACUGUAUGUAGAAGUUACUUACUAAUCACCCUUAGAUUGACUUAAAAGUAUAAAAAAACAAGGUUAAAAGUAUAAAAAAACAAGGUCAUCCUUGAAUUGGCUGGAAACUUGGAAUGAAAAAUAGCGAUUGUACAUCGGUGUACGUCCCAGUAUCCAAAAUUCCUGCCACGACAGGAUUGCAUGUUGAAAUAUUUCUUAGUUUAGUUGGGUUUUAGGUCUAAAAAUAUGUAUGUCAACGGAUCAACCCCCUCCAAAAAUAAUACCUGGAGACUGAUCUUUUUUACCUUUUUACGUCUAGUAUCGGUCUCAAGCAAUGGUGAAGUUAUACUGUAAGUACGGUAAGUGUUUCCUCUCAACCAUUUACACUUUAAUUUCAGUAUGUAUAUUCUCAUUACUGUUCUCUAAACAUUUCCAAAACUGCUGAUAAGGAAAAUUUGAUGAACAAUCGAGAGCUUCUUUUGUUGGUGAUCAUUUCCAUUAUUCUCCUGACCUCAGUAUGUGAUUCAGGGGUGAUAUUGUGAGGAGAAAUUAGAUACCAGGGACUCGUAGGGGGUGAAAGGGUUAAGUAGCCAAGAGAAAUACUUUCUCCACGUAAUGUGGUUGUAAGUAGAAGGUAAAUGUUAAUCGUGGUCUGUUUACGUUCCCAGGAGGCCAUGCUGGCGUCGGCAAAGCCAUAAUGAGAUUCCUUGGCUUAGACCUAGGGCCUGCUCGUUCACCCCUCUCUCUGAGUGAGAGCCAAGAAGCACAAUUAAGGGACGAACUGGGAAAUAUUGGAUUCUUUACUUGGCGUUAG